AGCAUUCAUUAGCAGCAGAGAGUUUUUUAAUCCUUCAUGCAGGAACCUUUCAGUAAUCUUUGUGAUGUGGGGAUCAACUCUGGUUGUGAUUUUAAACAGAAUAUCCAGAGCAUUUGUUACAUUUUCCUAUUUUAUAGUCCAUACGUCAGUCUGGGAACUCCACCCUCGUCUCCGUCUGGCUCUCCUCCCUCUCCUCAUCCUUCUGUCCUGCACCAUUCUUGAGCUCCAGACCUCCUCAGGGAGCAUCUGAGGCACACCAGGACUCUGGAGGCCCGGCAGAUGUGGAUUCUUCUCCUGAGCUUUUAAGCAGCUGCUGUCUGAAACCACAGAUCUGUUAUGUUGAUCAGAUCUGGUUCUGGGCUCUCAGCAUUUAGGAUCUAGAUCUGUAGACCUGCAGAAAGGGACUCCUGGAGUAUGAGGGGGAGCCAGGUGCUGCAGCUGUCCCUUUUGUUGGUGGGACUAUGUCAGGCCCGCCGUGCCUCUCCACCCGGUGGUCCCUCCACACCCCAGGAAGCAGGUGAGGUCCCUGUGUCCCAGCUGAGGAUGCUGUCACUGGGACUGGCUCACCUGCUGCAGGGGGUGGAGGAGAACGCCGAGGAGCUGGAGCAGCAGGGAGAGCAGGUGGCAGCAGAGCUGGACGGAGCCACAAAGAGUCUGGAGAGCCUUCGUAAGCAGAAUUUACGGGCAGGACGGACUCACAGGCAGGUGAGGAAGGACCUGCAGAUACUGAGUGCCAGGGGGGACAGGCUUUGGAGGGCAGCCAGAGAUCUGCAGAAGGGGCUGGAGGAUCUGGAGAGGGAGCAGGGAGCCAUGCAGCACCGCAUGAACCGGAUCCUGCAGAAAGUGAAGAGCCUGAGCGAUCCGAGGUCAGCGGGUCGGACUCAGCUCGACAUCAGAUCCGUGAAGGUUAUCAUGGAUAAACAGGCCCGACGGCUCGCCAGUCUGACCUCAGAGGUUUCAGCCCGAGACAGAAUGAUUGACAGGCGCCUGCAGCACAUUGACCACCUGGAGAAACGGGUGUCCGCGAGGCCUCCAGCAGCACUGAGAGCAGAUUCUGACUCCGACUGUGUCUGAUGAGCACAGCUGCAUCAACACAGCCGCUCUGAACUGGUUCAUGACAAGACUCUGUAAGGCUGACAAAAUGAACUGUGCUGAAUCUCACCAAAGGAUCUGUCACAAUCAAAUUCAACUCUACUUUGGGUUCCUCUCCAACAUAAAUGUGUCAAAUACAACAUAACAUAAACUGUUGUUGGUGUGUGUGUUGUCCUCAACAAGACACGCCUCUGUUUAAAAAUGAUUCAGAAAUAAAACACUCCUGUUCCUGAGUCAUUA